UAAAUAUGAAACAACUAUUUAUGAAAAGAGUAAUGUAAAUAUAACAGAAAUAAAAACAAUAAAGACGAUUUCACAUUUUCUAAUACUAGGAAUGGCCUACUAGUAGGACAUUCUCCCACAGAACCUAAAGGCAGCAAAGUACAUCUCCACGAUCCCUGCUGUCCCCAGAACACAGAGCCGCUACACUCCAGGUGGAAUGGACGUAUUCUCUGCUACUCUCGUUCUCAGUCCGCCAGAGCCGCGGGGAAAGCCAGGCCCGACAUGACAGCGUCUGCACGGGACAAGAAAUUCUGCCAGCAGUCGCGGGUAACGGUCCGUCCGGAGACGGUGUGGGCUGCGGGUCGCUACAUCGCGCUGGCCGCCCUGUGUAUCCUGUGCUAUAGCAACUCUCUCCACGGGGAGUUGGUGCACGACGAUGUGUGGGCUAUCGUCAACAAUCCGGACGUCCGACCUGGCUCCAGCCUCAGAAACAUCUUCAGCGACGACUUUUGGGGCAAGAGGAUGGCGGACAACACGAGCCACAAGUCUUACAGACCGCUGUGCAUCCUCACCUUCAAGU